UUAAAAAGGAAAAAAAAGCAUCUAUUCAAAUUCUUUCUUCUUUUUUAUUUUAAUUUUCUUUUUAAUCUUUCUUUCUCUGUUACCUGCUUCAACCUAACCCUACCUUUGUAGAUAGAGAAGAAAAAAAAUCACAUUUUCAUUUUUGAACUCCUUCGGAUCCCUGUGCAGAACACAGUUGAAAUCUUUUUGUUUUUUCCUUUUUUUUUUGGGCAUUUGAAGCUUUCUUUAGGAAUCCAAGGUUGACCUAGUUAAUUUUUUUUUUUUCAAUUUUUGAAUGGAGCCUCGUGUGGGUAACAAGUAUCGACUUGGUCGCAAAAUUGGCAGUGGAUCGUUCGGUGAGAUCUAUCUUGGUACUAAUAUUCAGACUAAUGAGGAGUUGGCAAUUAAGCUGGAAAAUGUCAAGACAAAGCAUCCUCAGUUGCUAUAUGAGUCAAAGUUGUAUAGAAUUCUUCAAGGAGGAACUGGUAUUCCAAAUGUGAGGUGGUUUGGCGUGGAGGGAGAUUACAAUGUUCUGGUCAUGGAUUUGCUAGGACCCAGUCUUGAAGAUUUAUUUAAUUUUUGCAGCAGGAAGCUUUCCCUGAAGACAGUUUUAAUGCUUGCAGAUCAAAUGAUAAAUCGUGUUGAAUUUGUUCAUUCCAAAUCAUUUUUGCAUCGAGAUAUCAAGCCAGACAAUUUUCUUAUGGGCUUGGGAAGACGUGCAAAUCAGGUUUACAUAAUUGACUUCGGUCUAGCCAAAAAGUAUCGAGACACUUCAACUCACCAGCACAUUCCUUACAGAGAGAACAAAAACUUGACCGGCACUGCAAGAUAUGCUAGCAUGAACACUCACCUUGGUAUAGAACAAAGCAGGAGGGAUGAUUUGGAGUCUCUUGGAUAUGUUCUUAUGUACUUCCUCCGAGGAAGUCUUCCUUGGCAAGGGCUGAAAGCAGGAACUAAGAAGCAGAAGUAUGAGAAAAUUAGUGAAAAGAAGGUUUCAACAUCCAUUGAGGCUCUCUGUCGUGGUUAUCCUACUGAAUUUGCAUCAUAUUUCCAUUAUUGUCGUUCUCUUCGCUUUGAGGAUAAACCAGAUUAUGCUUAUCUGAAGAGAAUAUUCCGUGACCUCUUCAUCCGUGAAGGCUUUCAGUUUGACUAUGUGUUUGAUUGGACUAUUUUGAAGUAUCAGCAAUCGCAAAUUGCAGCUCCUCCUUCCCGACCUCUUGGUCCUAGUGCCGGACCCAGCUCAGGCAUGCCUCCAGUUAUUCCAAAUGUAGAAAGGCAAUCAGGGGAAGGGGAAGGAAGACAAUCAGCAGAGCCUUCUCGGAGGAGAAGUUCUGGGCCACUUAUAAAUGCUGGAAGUUUAUCCAGGCAGAAGAGUCCUAUUGAAAAUGAUUCCACGAGCAAGGAUGCUAUGGUGAGUUUGAGUUAUUUGAUAAGUAAAACCUUCGUAAAGAGAAAGUAAAUUUCAAAUGCUAGA